AUGGCGAAGAUGAUCAAGCUCGUUUCCAGCGACGGUGCAGAAUUCGAGGUGGAGGAGGAGGUGGCCUUCCAAUCGAAGAUCAUCAAGGACAUCGUCGCCGACGCCGACGACGUCAUCCCCCUCCCAUCGGUCAGCUCCAAGGUGCUGAUCCAGGUCAUCGAGUACUUCCGGAAGCACGCCGCCGUCAAAUCUUUCCCAUUGUCGCCCUCCUCCUCCGCCGCCUCCUCCUCUUCCUCCUCCAUCUCAUCGAAGCCCGUCUCGGACCCGGCGCUCAGGGCCUGGGACAACGAGUUCGUAAAGCUCAACAAUUCCUCCCUCUUCGAUAUUGUCAUUGCUGCAAACUACCUGGACAUUGAAGAACUUGUGGAUUUGGUCCUUGAAACCGUCGCCGACAGGAUCAAAGGGAAGCAAGCGCAAGAGAUACGCCAGCAGUUUAACAUCGAGAAUGAUUUCACUCCUGAGGAAGAGGAAGCCCUCCGGAGGGAGAACUCCUGGGCAUUCCAAAACAAUUGAUUCUAAUUGUAAUGAUCUCCGGAACUAAUUUGAAGGACUUUUUAUUCAUCCGUC